UUUCUAAUAUUAACAGGUGUAGUUUCAAAUAUUAAAAUAAUAACACGAUUAUGCUAAAUGAAUAAAAUAAAAAAAUACGAGCAAUUACAUGGAAUCACAAGAAAUAAAGAUUGGAAUGAAAAGAAAGAAAAUGAAAAAUAAAUAAUAUAAAAAUAAAAAUAAUAAAAAAGUAAAAAUCAAAAAGAAAUAAAAAUAAUAUUAAAAAUAAAAAAAAUUAAAAUAAUAGAAAUAAAAAAAUAUUAAAAAUUAAAGUAAAAACAAUAAACAAACUAAAAAGUAACCCUGUAAUUACAGGGUGUAAUUACACCCAAUUCUCAGCCCCCCUUGAAAAUUGGAGAGUCUAAUUACACCUAAUUACACUCAAUUCCAACUAACUGUGUAAUUACUUGAUCAAACAAACAGGUCAGUGUAAUUACAUCCAAUUCCACCCAAUUCCAAUUCGCGUAAAAUCUAAAACUGUUGAGGACGAAACUUCCGACCGAUUGCCAUCUCUUUCUUUCUCAGUACCACUAUCAACUCUUAACCUCUACACUCUGUUCACCUAGAAUUAGGGCACUUUGCGUAGUACGUGGCAAUGGCCGGUAGUGCUUUGUGUCCACAUUUUGACAUACUAUACAAAGCAGUUCUUGAUAUCGGUAUAAACAUCCCCACUUUCCGUUCCAAAUUCCUCAGCUUAAAGCAGACAUUAAUGGACAUCGAACCUGUUUUCGCUGAUAUUGAGAGGCUAAGCAAAGCUCUAGAUGGCCGAGACGAAGAAGUAGAGAUGUUUAGGAAGCGCCUGAUGAAAGGCGAAGAACUAGUUCGCAAGUGUUCCAAGACUAAAUGCUACGACGCGUUGAAGAAGUGGAGUUACUCCAAGGAUCUGACCAAGUUGGAAAGUUCACUGGUUAAGUUCUGCCAGAUGCACGGGUUAAUUCAGGUGUCUAGAGAUACUAAAAAGAUUCUGGUUGAGUUUUAAAAACAUGGUAAGAAAUUGGACGAGAUUCACUCAAUGAUGAGAAAUAUGUCGUUGAUGGGGUCGGGUAGUAGUAUCAGAUUGACAAAUUCGAAUGGAUCUGACGUGCCUCAAGUUCCUGAUUCUGUGAUUGGGUUUGAAGUGCCACUUCAAGAAUUGAAAUUGAAGCUGCUUGAUGAGAAAGAUCAAGUUGUGGUUCUUUCUGCUCCUACUGGCUGUGGAAAGACUACUUUGGAACCAAUGGUUUGUCAAGAGGAUGAUAUCAAAGGCCAUUUUGCUGUGUGGUAAUGACCACAAAUCUCUUGGGAGGAGCUGCUCUGCGUCCUGUUUUUGACAUACUAUACAAAGCAGUUCUUGAUGUUGGUAUAAACAUCCCCACUUUCCGUUCCAAAUUCCUCAGCUUGAAGCAGGCAUUAAUUGAUAUCGAACCAGUGUUCACUGACAUUCACACGCUAAGCAAAGUCCUAGAAGGCCGAGAACAAGAGAUAGAGAUGUUCAAGAAACGGUUAAUGGAAGGUGAAGAACUAGUUCGCAAGUGUUCCAAGACUAAAUCCUACUACGCGUUGAAGAUAUGGAAUUACUCCAGGAAACUCACCAAGUUGGAAGAUUCACUGGUGAAGUUCUGCCAGAUGCAUGGUUUAAUUCAGCCGUGUAAGGAUAGUAAAAAGAUUCUGGUCAAGGUAAAAGAACAUGGUAAGAAAUUGGACGAGAUUCACUCGAUGUUAAGAGAUAUUUUGCUGACAGGAUCGGGGAGUAGUAUCAGAUUGACAAAUUAGAAUGGAUCUGAGGUGCCCCAAGUUCCUGAUUCUGUGAUUGGAUUUGAAGUGCCACUUCAAGAAUUGAAGUUGAAGCUACUUGAUGAGAAAGCUCAAGUUGUGGUUCUUUCUGCUCCUGGUGGCUGUGGAAAGACUACUUUGGCACCAAUGGUUUGUCAAGAGGAUGAUAUCAAAGGUUAUUGACUGGCCAAUUCUGGCUCACGAAAUGUUACAUGCAUGGCUGCGGCUUAAAGGCUAUCCGAGUUUAAGUCCAGAAGUGGAAGAAGGUACCUGCCAAGUAUUAGCUCACAUAUGGUUGGACUCUGAAAUAAUAGCUGGUUCUGGUAGUAGUUCGACUUCUGCAUCUUCCUCUGCAUCCUCAUCAUCAUCUACUUCAUCAAAGAAAGGGAAUUGUUCCGAGUUUGAGAAGAAACUGGGUGAUUUUUUCAAGCACCAAUUGAAUCAGAUACCUCAGCAGCUUAUGGGGAUGGAUUCAGAAGAGGUAUGUUGAUUUAAGUGAAUCAAUCAAAACAUAACAGAAGGGUUUGAACACAAUGAAAUGAUGGACAAAAGAAGUCUGUGAUGCUCUUUGACUAUUCUGUAAGAAAGCAAAGUUUCAAUAACAAUAACCUACUCCAAGACUUCAAGUCUAUUGGGCUUUUAAUGUGCAGCUUCGCUGCAAUUUCUUAGAGGGUAGACUAUUCU